AUGUCGGACACCGUCUAUCGGCUGUACCGUGUCCGGCGCACAAUCCACCAGAUGCUUCGCGACCGCCAUUACAUGAUCGACCAGUCCGACAUUGACAUGAGCGAGGAGGAUUUUGCGCGGUCGUAUACGGGCGAGCGCGAGGGGCUGACCAUCCAGGCGCAGCGGCGGGACGACCCGACCGACCAGAUCUUUGUCUUCUGGCCGACGGACCCGAAGGUUGGCGUCAAGCCAAUUAAGCGGUAUAUGGAUCGGAUGAACGAGGACGACGUGAAACGGGCCAUCCUCGUCGUGCAGCAGAGCCUGACGGCCUUCGCCAAGCAGGCGAUCGUCGAGAUCUGCGCGCAGGAGGGGACGAUCCUCGAGCAGUUCCAGGAGGCGGAGCUGCUGGUCAACAUCACGGAGCACGUGCUGGUGCCGAUGCACGUGGUGCUCUCGCGCGAGGAGAAGCAGACCCUCCUCAAGAGGCCCGCCCGGCCCGCCGUCGCGCUCGCCUCACGGCCAGCCCUGCCCCCCCAGGUCUCGGACCCGGUCGCCCGCUACUAUGGCCUGCAGCGCGGGCAAGUAGUCAAGAUCGUGCGGCCGAGUGAGACUGCAGGCAAGUACGUCACCUACAGGCUAGUCUUUUAG